AGUUGCCACCGCUGCUGUGGGGCCGGCGGCCAGCGGCUCCGCGACGGGGAUCGGGGCUGGGCGCAGGGGCCGGGAGCGAGCUAACGAUGUGACUCCUCCGCCGGGGACCCGUGAGCUUUGUGUGGACCCCGAGCUCCACCAGGUGAGAAGAGUGAUGACCAUCCUUUUCCUUACUAUGGUUAUUUCAUACUUCAGUUGCAUGAAGGCUGCCCCCAUGAAAGAAGCCAACGGCCGAGGACAAGGCAGCUUGGCCUACCCAGGUGUGCGGACCCAUGGGACUCUGGAGAGCAUGAACGGGCCCAAGGCAGGUUCAAGAGGCCUGACAUCAUUGGCUGACACUUUUGAACACGUGAUAGAAGAGCUGUUGGACGAGGACCAGAAAGUUCGACCCAAUGAAGAAAACAAUAAGGACGCGGACUUGUACACUUCCAGGGUGAUGCUCAGUAGUCAAGUGCCUUUGGAGCCUCCUCUUCUCUUUCUGCUUGAGGAAUACAAAAAUUACCUGGAUGCUGCAAACAUGUCUAUGAGGGUCCGGCGCCACUCUGACCCUGCCCGCCGUGGGGAGCUGAGCGUAUGCGACAGCAUUAGCGAGUGGGUGACAGCGGCAGAUAAAAAGACUGCAGUGGACAUGUCGGGCGGGACGGUCACCGUCCUUGAAAAAGUCCCUGUAUCGAAAGGCCAACUGAAGCAAUACUUCUAUGAGACCAAGUGCAAUCCCAUGGGUUACACAAAGGAGGGCUGCAGGGGCAUAGACAAAAGGCAUUGGAACUCCCAGUGCCGAACUACCCAGUCGUACGUGCGGGCCCUCACCAUGGAUAGCAAAAAGAGAAUUGGCUGGCGAUUCAUAAGGAUAGACACUUCCUGUGUAUGUACAUUGACCAUUAAAAGGGGAAGAUAGUGGAUUGAUGUUGUAUAGAUUAUAUUGAGACAAAAAUUAUCUAUUUGUAUAUAUACAUAACAGGGUAAAUUAUUCAGUUAAGAAAAAAUAAUUUUAUGAACUGCAUGUAUAAAUGAAGUUUAUACAGUACAGUGGUUCUACAAUCUAUUUAUUGGACAUAUCCAUGACCAGAAGGGAAACAGUCAUUUUGCGCACAACUUUAAAAAGUCUGCAUUUCAUUCCUCGAUAAUGUUGUGGUUUGUUGCCGUUGCCAAGAAUUGAAAACGUAAAAAGUUUAAAAAAAUAAUAAUAAAUUGCAUGCUGCUUUAA